UCUAAAUCAUUUCAACAAAUCAAAUCUACACUUUUUUUUAAAGAGUUGUUCUUCCUCUCUGUGUCGUGAAUUUGACUGAACCAACACUGCUUCUAUCAGAAGAAGUAGAUGGUGAAAACUAAAUCAGGGCUUAAGCGGUUUUGGAACUGCUUCUGUGGUCGAUCAUCGGGAUCCACUUCUUCUUCCUCUUCAUACGACUCCUCGCACACCAUCCAAAACCAACACUACAUAUACGAUGUGUUCAUCAGUUUCAGAGGUCCUGACACCCGCAACUCUUUCGUUGAUCAUCUCUGCUCUCAUCUCCUCCGAAAGGGCAUUUUCGUCUUCAAAGAUGACCACCAACUACAGAAAGGAAAAUCCAUUUCCCCACAGCUUCUACAAGCAAUUCAACUUUCACGCCUUUCUAUCAUUGUCUUUUCCAAAAAUUAUGCUUCUUCCACUUGGUGUUUAGAAGAAAUGGCCGCUAUAGCUUCUUGCAAACAACAAUCAAGCCAAAUUGUUUUCCCCAUUUUCUAUGAUGUAGAUCCAUCUCAUGUAAGACGUCAGAAUGGGGUAUACAAGAAUGACUUCGUUUCACACAGAUGCAAAUUCCAAAAAGAUUUGGACAAGGUUCUUGGAUGGGAGAGGGCUAUGACGGAUUUGGCCAAUUCAGCGGGUUGGGAUGUGAGGGACAAGCCAGAGUUUGAACAGAUUCAACACAUUGUUCAAGCAGUAAUUAAAAAAUUGGGUCAUAAAUUCUCUGGGUUUAUUGAUGACCUUGUUGGGAUACAACCACGCGUACAAGCAUUAGAAGACAAAUUAAGAUUAAGCUCAAACAAAGUUCAAGUUUUAGGAGUUUGGGGAAUGAAUGGNUGGUGGGAAGUGAUGGUGAAAACUAAAUCAGGGCUUAAGCGGUUUUGGAACUGCUUCUGUGGUCGAUCAUCGGGAUCCACUUCUUCUUCCUCUUCAUACGACUCCUCGCACACCAUCCAAAACCAACACUACAUAUACGAUGUGUUCAUCAGUUUCAGAGGUCCUGACACCCGCAACUCUUUCGUUGAUCAUCUCUGCUCUCAUCUCCUCCGAAAGGGCAUUUUCGUCUUCAAAGAUGACCACCAACUACAGAAAGGAAAAUCCAUUUCCCCACAGCUUCUACAAGCAAUUCAACUUUCACGCCUUUCUAUCAUUGUCUUUUCCAAAAAUUAUGCUUCUUCCACUUGGUGUUUAGAAGAAAUGGCCGCUAUAGCUUCUUGCAAACAACAAUCAAGCCAAAUUGUUUUCCCCAUUUUCUAUGAUGUAGAUCCAUCUCAUGUAAGACGUCAGAAUGGGGUAUACAAGAAUGACUUCGUUUCACACAGAUGCAAAUUCCAAAAAGAUUUGGACAAGGUUCUUGGAUGGGAGAGGGCUAUGACGGAUUUGGCCAAUUCAGCGGGUUGGGAUGUGAGGGACAAGCCAGAGUUUGAACAGAUUCAACACAUUGUUCAAGCAGUAAUUAAAAAAUUGGGUCAUAAAUUCUCUGGGUUUAUUGAUGACCUUGUUGGGAUACAACCACGCGUACAAGCAUUAGAAGACAAAUUAAGAUUAAGCUCAAACAAAGUUCAAGUUUUAGGAGUUUGGGGAAUGAAUGGAAUAGGAAAGACGACUCAUGCAGCUGUCCUAUAUGACAAAAUCUCUCAUAGGUUUGAUGCUUCUUGUUUCAUCGAGAAUGUGAACAAACUUUAUAGGGAUGGUGGCCAUACUGCUGUUCAAAAGCAAAUUAUUCAUCAAACUUUACGUGAAAACAUAGAUAUGAGUAAUCCUAUUGAAAUAUCAGGGAUUGUAGAAAAUAGGCUACACAGGAUAAAGGUCCUCAUAGUUCUGGACAAUGUUGAUGAAUUAGAGCAAUUGGAAAAUUUGGCCAUAAAACCUAAAUUGCUUUCGAAGGGAAGUAGGAUGGUUAUUACAACCACAGAUGAGCAUAUUCUGAAAGCGUACGAGGGUGAAGUGUUGAUACACAAGGUUUCAUUAUUGAAUGAUAAGGAUGCCCGUGAAUUGUUAUGUAGAAAAGCCUUCAAAAGUGAAGAGCAAAGCAGUAGGUGUGCGGCUUUGAUUCCUGAAGUAGUGAAAUAUGCCCAACGUCUUCCAUUGGCAAUUAGAGUGUUGGGUUCUUUCUUGUGUGAUCGAGAUGGUGUUCAAUGGAGAGAUGUGUUGAACAGAUUGGAGAAUAGUCCAAAUAAUAAAAUUAUGAACGUACUCCGAAUAAGUGUGGAUGGUCUACAACGUGAGGAAAAACAAAUAUUUUUACACAUUGCGUGUUUCUUUAAAGGGGAAAGAGAGGAUUAUGUUAAGCGAAUUCUAGACUGUUGUGGGUUAUACCCUCAUAUUGGAAUUCAAAGACUCGUUGAGAAAUCACUCAUCACUAUUAGCAGUGAAGAAAUUGUUAUGCAUGAAUUGUUACAGGAAUUAGGAAAGAAAAUGGUUCGCGACCAAUCUCCAGAGGAACCAGGAUCAUGGAGUAGAAUAUGGCUUCUUAAAGACUUCUUGCAUGCCUUGAAAGCAGAAACGGUAACAAGUUACAUUUUUUAUUUUGAAGGAACAGAAAAGGUGAAAGCCAUAGUUUUAAAUAAAAAAGAAGAAAUGUCAGAAUGUAGUGUCGAGGGAUUGUCAAGAAUGAAGGAGCUUACAUUACUGAUAUUAUAUCACACAAGAAUUUCAGGAAGGCUGGAGUUUCUUUCAGACAGACUGCAAUAUCUAUUGUGGCAUGAUUAUCCUUUUGCUUCUCUCCCUCCAUACUUUACAGCCUCUAAUAUUGUGGAAUUGAAUAUGCCUAACAGUCGCAUCAGACAUUUAUGGGAAGGCCGCAAGAGCUGUCCCAACUUGAAAAGGAUUGAUUUAAGCAACUCCAAGUACCUGAGUGAGACUCCAGAUUUUUCCAGAAUCGUAAAACUUGAAAGGCUAGAUCUGUCUGGAUGUACAAGUUUAUCUUAUGUCCAUUCAACAAUUGGACUUCUUAAGAAGCUUGCUUUCUUGAAUUUACGAAAUUGUUGCAAUCUAGUUUUCAUUGAUUUUGGCUGUGUAGGGAACAUGAGUUCUCUGAGAGUUAUACAUCUCUCGGGUUGUUCUAAACUUGAAAGCACCCCAGAUUUUACAAGGGCAACACAUCUUGAGUACCUUGACAUGAAUGAAUGUACAAGUUUAUCCACUAUUCAUGAGUCUAUUGGAGUCCUUUCAAGUCUUACUUUCUUGAGUUUGAGAGGUUGUAUAAAGCUUGUCAGUAUACCAAAUGCUAUUCAUUCCUUGGCAUCUCUUCAAACUCUAGAUUUAUACGGUUGUUUUAGCCUUACGGAUCUGCUACCAAAACAAGCUUCUUCAUCCCAUUUGAAAUACUUGAUUUUUCUAGACAUAAGUAAUUACAAACUAAAAGAAGUACCUGAUGCUAUUGGAGACUUAAGAAGUUUAGAAAGACUGAAUCUACAGGGAAACAAUUUUGUUUCAAUACCUGAUUCCUUCCAUCAGCUUCAUUGUCUAGCAUAUUUAAACUUGUCUCAUUGUGAUAAGCUCAUAUAUUUGCCUGACCUUCCAACUGAAGGAGAUACAUCAGGGGGGAAGUAUUUUAAAACGGUAUCCGGAUCUCGUGAUCAUAGAUCAGGCUUUUAUCUCUUUGAUUGUCCCAAAGUGUCUUAUGGUAAAGUUGAGUUCGACAGACUUGAACGCUUCUUCCACCUAAUUAAGGUUCACAUUCUACAACCUUCUCUUUUUGUCUUUGGCUAACAUUUGCCUAAUUCAUCAUUAGAAAUAUUUUUAGAGAUUAAUUGUAAAAAAUCCUUUUUAUUAUCAGCCAAUUAAGUUCUAGUAUAAAUUGAUUAUAAUAAAACUAUUUUGUGAUUUUCUUAUGGUGAUAGGAACCCUGUAAUUUUCGGUGUGGCUUUGACGUUGUUCUUCCUUGGAAAUG